CAAUACUCCGGCAGGGCACGCUGCGUGCUGUGCCCAUCUACUCGUGCCCAUCACCCCAGACCUCAGCUUUACCUCGUGUACUGUAUCCGGUGUACGACUCGGACCCACUCGCUUGUUGCGUCCAUCGUACGUGUAACAGCGUUGGCGUGCCCUAGUCGCUAGGCGAUCGCAUUGGCCGAGUCGGCGAGCUCCGCUACCUGCCAUUUGAGCAUUGACGAUAUGCAUAGCAGACCUCGUGCCUCUGAGUACUUAAUGGUCGAGAAAUAUACGCGAAUUUCGGAGGAUUUUCUUCAUUUCUCGCUUGGAUUUGCGAUGUCGCAUCCACAGGACGAUCACUUCUCUUACGGCUGCUUCUCGAGAACACCUCGCCGCAGUACUCCGACCGGAGGUAACGCCAACACCCCCCGUCGCGGCCAUGGAAUCUUUAACCUAGGACAGGGUGGGCGAACUGUGCUCCCUCCUCUUCAUCUACCGUUUCGAGCCUCACGUUCUCCAGUUCCUGACCUCUCGUUUUCCUCUAAUCAAUAUCCUCAGCAAGAACCCACGCAAGCUCGUGCUGACUAUACUGCAGCAGCGUUCAACCAAGCGGGCUGGUCCAUAAAUCCACAGGCUGCGCAGCAACAACCGACAGCAUAUGCAACCGAUCCUAGAUAUCCUGCUGCGCAACAGCCGUUUGCCGCAUAUCCUGCCAGGGGUCAGUCGACCAUGCUGCAGGAUCCACAUGAAUCCCGCAUUUUACCACCACUUAAUAUGCCACAAGGGCAGGCUCAUGCCGGCGCUAUGAACCCUUCAAUGAUGGCUGGUUCCCACGUCAGACCACAGAACAACGCCUACCCUACCGCCUAUAAUCCAUAUACAGAACAUCCACAGCAGCCUCCUUCUUAUUAUCCCCCUCCCGACCCGCGCAACCUCCCUCCUCCCAUUCCUGCCAUGGGAAUAGACCCCGCUACUGGCGGUAUACCAAGACGCGCCUCGAUGUCCGUUGAUCGUACUGGGCCGUCACGGCUGUCAGUGCAUGGGACGUCGCCAUACCCACGCAUACCAGGCAUGGCGUCACCGUCGACGUAUAGCCAAGAAGCUUCCAUGUCCGAGCCCACUAUCAAAAAGAAACGAAAGCGAGCCGACCCGGAGCAGCUGAAGGUUCUGAAUGAGACUUACAAUCGGACUGCCUUCCCAUCGACUGAGGAGCGGGCCGAUCUUGCGAGAAGGCUCAAUAUGUCUGCGAGGAGCGUGCAGAUUUGGUUCCAAAAUAAGCGGCAGGCGAUGCGGCAGAGCUCACGUCAAGCCUCCAACGCUGCGCCUCCCACUACCAGCGAGCCAUUCCCGGCUGCUGGCAGCGGACCCUAUGGUGCUCAUCCGUCGGGCGCAGCCACUGUCGGCCAGCCAUAUGGGGUCGUGCGGCCUGGUGAUGUGUCCCACCACCCUCCCGGCCGUCUCGUACCAUCGCCGGCCCCUUCGAUGCAGCAUCGAACCCGGAGCCCCGAAGAAGAAAAGAGAUAUCAGUACUGAUCCGGGACUCGCAUUCCUCUUUCGUUCAGGUAAAAUAUUGGCCUGGUCAUAGCCGCUCUCGUCCUCAGCCAUUGAUAAACUGACAUUGCUAUGCACGUAAUGUAUUUGCAUUGAACACUCGGGUAUCACUUGUUUAUCAUUCUUUAUUAUACCUUAUCAUCUCAUUUUGCAUACAUCCGGACGGACUUCCUGAUCCCAUUACAUAUACAUCGCACCAUCCUAUUCACCCACAUAUUCACUGCAGUAGUAUGCAUACUUCUCUGGUCUAUAUCGUGUAGAGUCGUAUGCUAGCAACGGUUACAAUAUGCGUAUAUGUAGAAUAUGCCACUAAUGCCUCCCUCUUUCUACUGAAUAUGACGCUACAGUUCUACUAGAUCUUGCAUUGUGUCGAAUCGUGACAUAUGUAGCGAAUUACCU